AUGGAGAAAGUCGCGCCCAACAAACCAGCCGUUGAUCUAGAAGCCCUCGGCGAACGAGAGGGCUACGUCUUGAAUGACGCGACACUCGCCCAUGACCAAGGGUUAAAGACCGCAGCAGACGGACAAACAAUUCUCAUCCCACAGCCUAGCGACUCACCCAAUGAUCCUCUCAAUUGGACUCCGUUCCGCAAACACUUGAUUCUGAUUAUUAUCUCCUGCACGGCUUUCUUGCCUGAUUAUGGAAGUGCUACGGGUGCUGUUACCCUCGUGCCGCAGGGCGAAGAGUGGAACAUGGACCCCAAUGUCGUGAAUCACUCACAGGUCGGAAACGUUUUCAUGCUUGGCGCAGCUGGCCCCAUUAUCGUCGCGCUUUCAGCGUAUUUUGGCCGAUUUCCGAUUCUGUUUUGGUGGGCUUUACUUGCUCUUGCUACGGCUGUUUGGUGUGCUGCUGCUCAGAGCUUUGAGUCAUUCAUGGCCGCGCGCAUUCUCAAUGGCUUUUUCUCAACUGUCGCGCAAGGUGGCGGCCUAAUGUUCAUAAAAGACAUGUUCUUCUUCCACGAACACGCACGUAAAAUAAACAUCUGGUCCGGCUUCAUAAUUCUCUCCCCUUACAUGGGCCCACUACUCGGCUCAUUCAUAGUGAACACUCAAAUCUGGCAAUGGGCCUUCGGCCUCUACGCAAUCGAGACCGGUCUCUGUCUAUUCGCUAUAAUCAUCUUCGUGGACGAAACGUACUACGAUCGCAAAACUGUCCAGCCCGAACUCGUCCCCAAUGGACCUCGGUGGCAGCGCAUGUUGGGUAUUCAGCAGGUUCGUUCGGGGUACAUUAGGAAUUCGUUCGGGGAGGCGGUUAUGCGGCCUAUUACGAUUAUUUGCAAGCCUGUUGUUUUUCUGACGGCUUUUGCUUAUUUGCUUAUGUUUGCUUGGGUUGUUGGGAUUAACACUACGCUUUCGAUCUUUUUGGCGCCGGUUUAUGGGUUUGAUGCUAAAGCUAUCGGCUUCUUCUACUUCACCCCCGUCGUAGCCGCAAUUCUCGGCGAAGUAGCCGGCCACUGGCUCCACGACGCCAUAGCAAAAACCUACACAACCCGACACGGAGGCCGUUUCGAGCCCGAAGCCCGACUAUACGCAAUCUGGUUCUCGAUGCCAUUCCUCGUCUCGGGGCUGAUAUUGAUGGGCUUCGCACUGGAGCGCGAGUAUCACUAUAUGCUUGCCGCGCUGGGGUGGGGACUUUACGUAUUCGGGAUCAUGGUUGUGACUGUUGCUAUCAAUUCUUAUGUUUUGGAUAGUUACCCGGAGGCUAGUGGGGAGGUUGCUGCUUGGGUGAAUUUUGGUAGGACUUGUGGCGGGUUUAUUGUUAGUUAUUUUAUGAUUGAGUGGGCGGAGAAGGAGGGGACUGUUAAGCAGAUGGGGACUAUGUGUGGGGUUGUGGGGGUGGCUUUCAUUAUGAUUCUUGCUUUGCAGUAUUUUGGGAAGAGGUUGAGGGGUUGGUCUGGGCCGGCGGAUUUUAAGACGGGUUAG